UGAUGUUGACCAUUUUGACUCAAAACAAUACAAGACAAAGUGUUUACUUCCAACAACGGUCAACUUUUGAGUCAUUUUGAAUAAUAUUUAAUGUUAUAUUAUUACAGCGUACUUUUUUACAUGACCUAGUGUUAUGAGUUCGACCCUAUGUCUAAUUUUAAGGAGCAGGUUAUGCAAUUACUUGUAGGAAUACGAAAUGUUUCAUUCAUAAAACGAUCAUGUUGCGAGCUCGACUCAGUGUGUGGCUUUCCUCUGAGGCAGGGUGUUUUAUUAGUAGCUGUAUCCACUAUUGUAUUAUCGUUUGUGAUAAUCUGCGCCACUGGUCUCAGCGAGUUCCUCACGGAAGAGUCGACGGAUAUGAAACGCAGAAUGGUGAUCGGUCACACGAUGAUCUUCAGCCUCGUGGCGAUCUCGUUCUCGCUGUAUCAGAUCGUUAUCUCCGCUCUGUUAUUUUGGCAAGCUAAAUAUACCCCAGGAAACAUAUUCCUGUGCUCCCUCUGGUACACGUCGCACGUGGCCAUGCUGGUGGUCUACUCUCUGCUGUACUUCACGAGGGUGAUCGUGUACUGCCUGGCAAGGUGGCAUUUCUACGCGGUCCUGUGUACCGGGGUCGCGGCCACGCAUAUCGGUGUUUUCACAUAUUUCUGCGUCAUAGUCAACAGUUUUUUACAUUCUUUAAAUAUGGAAAGAUUUUUAUAAUGAACAUGGAAUUAUAUUAUUUGUAAAAUAAAUAUUUUCUACUAUU